AAGUUUUGGAAUUUAAAAGAUCAAAUAAAAAAGAAGAUCUAUUAAUUGAAACAAUUGACUAUGAUAUAUAAAACAAUUUUUUUCAUUGUGUUUUUCAUUUGGAAAGGCAAAGCAAAUGAUUGUAUACCACGAAAAUUCAAUUAUGAUAGUUUCGUGUGCGUUUGCAAUUCGACUUAUUGCGACUCAACACCGGUGAUCAAGGAACCGGAAAAAAAAAGCUACUAUGUAUAUAGUUCAAAUAGGGAUAAACUACGAAUGAGUUUCUCCGAAGGACAAUUCAAAGAAGAUAUGAAAGACAAUUCAAUUCCCGAUGGGAAUUACGUAUCGUCACUUAACGAUACUGUAAUCGUUGAUAGAAAUACGAAAUAUCAAAAGAUAGAAGGUUUUGGUGGAGCAUUUACUGAUUCAGCAGGAAUAAAUAUCCAAACUUUAAGUGAAACAACUCAAAAUAUGCUAAUAAAAUCAUAUUUCAGUGAAGUUGGUAGCAAAUAUAAUUUAGGACGUGUACCAAUCGGUAGUACCGAUUUUUCUACAGAAGCUUAUACAUUGGAUAAUGUAAUGAACGAUACUAAUCUCGAGUAUUUUAACUUAACCAAAUAUGACAUAGUUUAUAAAAUUCCUUUGAUUAAAAAAGCGUUAAAAUUAUCUCCUAAUUUGAGACUCACUUCAGCUGUUUGGAGUCCACCGACAUGGAUGAAAACUAAUAAUCAAUAUUCUGGACCAGGUAUACUUAAGGAAGAAUAUUAUCAAACGUAUGCCGAAUAUUGUCUAAAAUUUUUACAAGCAUAUCAAAGUUAUGGCAUUGAUAUAUGGGCUAUUUCAACGGGAAAUGAACCUAACGAUGCGUGGAUACCUGGAACGACAAUAGCUUGUAUGGGAUGGAUUCCAUAUGAAUUAGGGAAUUGGAUAGCUAAUAAUCUUGGACCUACUUUGGCACGUUCGGAACAUAACAAAACGAAGAUCCUAGUUUUAGACGAUCAAAGAUUCUAUUUAAUACAGUUUUUAGAUCAUGUUCUCCAGAAUAAAAAAGCAUUAGAUUAUAUCCACGGCAUAGCUGUACAUUGGUAUACGGACGAGUUUGUUUCCCCUUCAUUGUUAGACGUAACUCAUAAUAAGUAUCCAAAUAAAUUUCUUCUUUUGACCGAAGCAUGCGUUGGUUCUCAACCUAAUGAUAAUCCGAAAGUACAGCUAGGAUCUUGGAAAAGAGGAGAAGAUUAUCUUCUCAACAUAAUCCAGAAUUUACGACACAGCGUAACAGGAUGGAUAGAUUGGAAUCUUGCUUUAAAUAAAAUGGGUGGUCCAAAUUAUAUUCACAAUUAUGUUGACUCACCUAUCAUAGUCAAUCCUGAAACUGAUGAAUUUUUUAAACAACCAACGUACUACGCGAUCAAACAUUUCAGUAGAUUCGUAGAACGAGAUUCUGUAAGGAUUGAAAGCAUAGAGACAAAUGACAUAAAAACUAUUGCUUUUGAAACUCCCUCGAAAAUGAUCGUAGUUGUGCUGUACAAUAUGAGCUCAAAACGUAAGAAUAUUACAAUUAUAGAUUCUAAAAACGGUCCUAUCAAGAUGGAAAUAAGUUCAUAUUCUAUUCACACUAUAAUAUAUAAAUAAAUAUUUUACUGAUCUAACAUUUAUAUUGUGAAAUAUAUGAUAUGGACAGAGA